AUGAUAAGCACCUUCAGUCAACCUCACUUCCCCUGCAAAAUGGAUUCCUGGCAUCGUAACGUGCGACUGCUGCACCAGAUUGAUGAAUUCCUCGACGUUGAUUCCGCGCAGCCGCAUAGUGUCGCGGAUUUUAUCGCCCUUAUAGACGCCGUCCGCGAGGGCCUAAACCAGAUCGACGAAGACAUCCGAAUUCCCGACUCUCAAAUCAAUCUGCAUUUUCUUACCAAGCUCAAAUCGCGCUCAGAAUGGAGGGACUGGGCAAUGACUAUGCUGCGGGAUAGCCGCAUCAACACUUCCAAUCUGACAGACUGCAUGUCGUUUCGGGAGCUCGGGGAUCUUGCAGUCAAGCAAGAACAGAAAAUCUUACAUGAUCGUCAGGCAAAGCGCAGGAGCGGCUCUGGCGGCAAUGGGCAUGUUUCUCGGUUGGAAGAAGCCGCAGCGCCUCGAGCCCUCACCCAGGGCGACAUCAACACGUUCGUCGUCCAGCAGAUGAAUCACCAGCGUGCGUCACGACGUCUCAGCCAGGACUCCAGCCGCAGCUUUCGUGGACAUACCAAGCGGCCCAGCCAGGAGGAGAUCAAUGACUACGUUAUCCGGCAGAUGCGGCGAGACCAGGAGCAAGCGGCAAGGGCACGCAGCCACAGCCAGCCAGAAAGGCACAGAGCAAGCCAGCCCCAUUCAAAACCGGCAACCCUACGCUGCACAUUCUGCGGCGACACCUAUCAUCAGUCAACCAAUUGCUGGCGACGAUGGCGAGUGGCUGCUGAGGCCUUACAGGGGACCGCCGCCCCGAAGUUGGCUGACAAUCGCAACCAGGCAUCUAUUCAACCACAGAUCUAUCUUUCAGGUCUUUCCACAUUUUGA